AUUGGAAGUUUACUUGGCAAUUUCUUGGAAUUGGAUCGGAAUUGGAAUUGAAAUUUCAUGAAAUUGGCACCACUAGUAACUAUAGUAAUAACUUGAACUUAUAUAUGGCCUUGUGACCGUCGAGCAGUGUUUCCAAGUCCAAGCCCAAGUACCUACCCAUUCUACGUGAUUCAGUUGUGAUUCAGUUCGAGCUGGCCUGGCGAUGUGAGGGAUUUUCCAUCACAAUGGCUGACAGAUGAAUGAUCGUCAGGUGAAGCUGAUGAAGCUCCCAUGAUUUUGAGCACUCCUGAAUUGUUUUGUAUGAUCAAGAAAUUGGCAACAAACUAAAUGGCAAAAGCAUUUUCACUGAAGUCCAUGCAAAGAUGCUUUUAUGACACCAUGUCUAUCAAGUACACAGCUUGUUCCCUUACAAGCUUUUUUGCCAUUUGGUUGUCAUCUUUAAUAAUUGGAUGGCUUCUCCUGGGUGAAGGAUUCUGCCCGUCCCAGCCUAUUUUAUCUGACAAUCUCUUUGGCUUUCCAGUUCCCAAUCAACCAUUUCCCAUCCACCCAGUAGAUGUUGUGUACACUUGGGUCAACGGCUCAGAUCCUCAGUUCCAACGUGAUUUGCAUGCAACAGAGUCACAUCUGCAACAACCGGCGCCAGCCAGCUGGCGUCAGAACUGCCCCCUGCCGAACUGCCUGCUUUCCUCCCAGCUGAGCGUCGUCCCGCCGCUACCACGCCGCAUGACACUCAGCGACGUUCGCUUCUUCGUGUCCGGCGCCACACCACGACAGAUGUUUCCCUCGCCGCUUCCCGGUCCGCCUGCCACUUUGCUCGUCUAUGCCAGCGUAGACGAAGCCCAGGACGUGUUGCAGCGCGGUACAGAGUUCCGCAUCAAUGAGGACAACUUCACCGUACAUCAGAUGUUCUGGACUUGGGACGAAAGCGCUGCUCUGUCUGCUGCUGUUUCUGAUCACGUUGUGCUGAUCGGACGAACUGUGAUUCAGGAGACGUUUCUGCAGCGGGUUGCGGAUGUGCAGAAAACUGGUGCGAAGGAGGUGGCUCGUGCUGAUGACGGGAGGGCGCUCGUGCUCAAAAUGCUGGACGCCGCCGUGGCUGACCGUUUAUUGGCCGAGAACGGGACAGCGCAGGCCCUGAGAGCAAGGCUCAUGUGGCUGACGGACGCAGCCGCUGACGCGGUAUCGUUAAGUCGCUUUGCGGACUCGCAGGAGCUGCGCUACUCCCUGAGGUCACUGGAACGGCACGCACCUUGGGUACGGCGCGUGUUUCUGGUCACCAAUGGCCAGAUUCCAGACUGGCUGGCGCUGGACAACCCUAAGCUGACGCUCGUCACACAUGAGGAGAUCUUCCCGGACCAUGAUCACUUGCCAACGUUUUCCAGUCCGGCGAUUGAAGCUCAUAUUCAUCGGAUCCCAGGACUCUCGGAACACUUUUUGUACUUCAACGACGAUGUUCUGCUGGGCCAGCCUGUCUGGCCGGAAGAUUUUCUUGUUCCAGGCGGCGGCUAUAACGUCUUCCUCGCGUGGCGCGUGCCCGACUGCGCCCUGGACUGCUCGGCCACUUGGCUGCGCGAUGGUCAUUGUGACGCCGCCUGCAAUACAGAGUCGUGCGACUGGGACGCUGGCGACUGUGUCGGCGUCGACCCGAACCUGCAGCCAAGUCCUGCACCUGAUCCUGCGGACGAGGACGUAGACCAUAAUGCGGGUAUGAGCGAUGACGCUGUGCUCGCGGCUUUAGGUGCGCCGGAACUCUGUUCAACAGGCUGUGAGGACGCCUGGCUCGGUGACCACUUCUGCGACACUAGCUGUGACGUCGCGGCAUGCGCGUAUGACCUGGGAGACUGUGGCGUGGCCGGACUGCGCUCGCUGCCCGAUCUAGGGCCUCUCCGGGAUGAUGCAGAGUACGUGAUCCCGACAGGAUCGUUGGCAGUUUACUGGAACGCCAGCCAGCUGCCGGAGGGACUGCAGCCAGAGGCGGUGUCGUCUCCCCCUCGGCACGCGCUGCGCGGUAUGUCCCUCACGCUCCGAUUCGCCGUGCUAGUCGCGAUCUUACGCCCGAAUGCGACUCUCGGGAGACUGCCUGUGUUUAUCAGUGGAACUGUGCGGGGACCAAAUGGGACGAAUGAGGAGAGAAUGAUCGAAUUUUAUCUAACUUCUGGAGUGGAAGCCGAGGCGUCCCUGAGUGUGGCUGAGGAAGCCGCACGUCUGAAGCAGCUUGUCGAGAGCUCUGAUAAAUGGAAUGCAGACCUCGAGCGACGACUCAGCGCGGCCGAACGCCGUCUCCCCGAUCACCGCGCUUACAUGAGGCAGCGAGUGGAACUUCUAAAACUCGCAGCUGACGCCGUGAACGCUACCAUUGACAUGUCUGAACGAAUCCUUGCCGCCGUCCCGAGUAUAAAUCGAUCUACUAAUCGGGUACCUAGGCGCAGAUUGCUAGGUGCCCGCCCCGUUGCGCUUCCCGUUUCAGAAGAACAUCUUGUGGACCUCGAACUAGGCAAUAACUCUCGCUGGGAACCGGAAGGAAUCCGCCCCAUUUCUGAAUUGUCUGCCAAAGAACGUCACUACCUCGGCAAUGACCUGAACCCAGUCGACCAGCUGGACACCUAUGGCCUUAGCCUGCUCAAAGUCAAUCGGCUCUACAAUCGGCGCUACGGCCCGGAGCAGCGACGAGCGGUAGCGCACAUGCCACACCUGUUCUCUCGCGCCGUGAUCGCCGACCUGCAGGCGACGUUUGCCGACGAGUUCGCGAGGACAUCGGCGGCGCGACUCCGCUCCGGCGACGACAUGCAGUUCGCGUUUGCGUACUUCUACUUCCUGAUGUCUGAGCGGGACAGGGUUCCCGUGGGCGACAUUUUCGAUACCAUCGACACCGAUGACUCGGGGACCUGGUCGGACCGGGAGAUUCGCACCCUCCUGACGAAGCUUCGGGUGUUACCGCUGACACGCGAGGACUUGGAUCGUAUGUGGGCUCUCCUCCGCAGCUGUGCCGAGGCCGUGCCUGCCGCUGCCGAUCUGACCACACCUCCCGGGGAGCGCUACCUAGACUCGAACCUCCCGGUGAUCACAAAGGAGGCCGUGCUGACUUGUCCCGAACUGACAACGCAAAUGGAGCGUAGUUUGGGCAACCGGACACGCUACCCGCACCGCGUGGUCGACGCCAGCGAGCUGGUCUCGUUCACGAUGGUACGCUCCAACUCUAGUCUGCUGGUGGGCGCGCUCGACUCGCUGCGUCGCGCGCCGCGCAAAUUCAUCUGCCUGAACAACAACGUGGGCGCUGCGCCCGAGUCCGAAACGCGACUGGUGUACGCCCUUCUGGUCGACUUCCUCGAAGCGCUGUUCCCGCGGCCUUCGCAGUUUGAGCUGCCAGCCAACUAUCGGAACCGGUUUCAGCACGUCAGCGAGCUGCGCGAGUGGGAGCGGCAGCGCAGCCUGCUGCGCGUCGCCACCGUGCUGCUGACGCUGCUGCUGCUGGCCUCGCUGCUGCACGGGCAGCUGUGGUCGGCCGUGUGCAGACGGCGGCGACGGGCUGCCAGGAUGGUGGUGGAGCUCUGACACAGUGGUAGGGAUGUGGUCAGCGUUACCGGUGUGGCGAGUUAUUUCAGGAUUGGUGCUAUCUAGUCGUGCUGUGCUGUCAAAUGCAGAACUAUUCAGGUCUGCUGAAAUUGCGGAGUGUGAAAUUGAGACCGAGCAAGGUCGUUCAGGGUGCUGUGGUCACUGCAUUGCGAGAUGUGCCGUGAAAAGGACGUGCCUUAGUCAUAUCGUAUAUGUUGUGAGUGAAACCAAUUUUUGUAUUCCUAUCUCCUAAUCAAGUUUUGUGAACAUUGUAUAGUCAUGAAGUCGUUUGUGAUACAUUUACAUAUGGGGCUGAUCACUUUUUUCCAGUACGAGUACCAUUGGCAAUAAACCCUUGUGAUUAAACAUGCGAUGAUAGUUAUCGUCGACUUCUCGAUUUAGUGAUGUGAUCUCAAUCAGAGGAAGACUCGUUUGUUCGUUAAUUCAUGGAUGCGGUGUAUGUAACUGACGGAUGGAAGCAUUGAUCCAUAGUCUCUUCCUCAAUCGUCUUGGCUGCUUGUCCACCCAGAAUGUACUUGAAACAGGGCAUUUUGUCUGGCUUGUUGGAUCUUUUGUUGAGUGCGGUGUCUUUCCUUUUGUGUGUUUUUUACUCAUUUUGUUGAAUGUCAAUAAAUGAUGCACUUUGUACCA